AUGCGCUCGUUUACAGUCUCUCCCGCAUUGUCAAUACUCGCUCUGCUCGCCGCCCAGACACAGCCGGUGCAGUCGACUCCCUUCCCACUCGAAUAUGACAAUAUCCUCGUGGACCGAGCCUGCGCCAACCCUUGCGGCUAUUACGGCCAGAUAUGCUGCACCUCCACCCAGACAUGCGGAACGAACAGCGCCGGGCAGGCUGUCUGUCUAGAAGAUGGACAGUCUGGUGAAUCCGGCAGUUCAGGUACAUGGAAAUACUACACGACAACCUACACGACAGCCGAACAAGUGACUGUCACAUCUGUUUGGAGCAGCUACAUCACGCCAGCUCCCACGAGCAGCGCAUCGACCUGCCAGGUAUCACUCGGGGAGAGUAUAUGUGGAAGCAGUUGCUGCAAUGCUGCUGAAGUGUGUGAGAACGGUGUAUGUGUUGCUGGGAGCUCAUCCGCUGCUGUAAUUCCCAGCGCAACACCUCCUCUGCGACCCACAAGCAGCGGUGCGGCCACUGUCACUGAGACCAGCGCGCCAACAACGACGAUGCCCUUCAUCGCCCCCGUGGGAACGGAUGGAGCGACAGUCGUUGCCCAGGCAUCUGGUCAUGGUCUUAGCGGGGGCGCGAUUGCAGGAAUUGUGAUUGGAACUAUUGCGGGUGUGUUUCUGUUGCUUGCGCUCUGCUUCUGCUUCUGCCUACGAGGGGCGCUCGAUGGGCUGCUGGCGCUCAUCGGUCUGGGUCCGAGGAGGAGAAGGGAGACGACACACGUUGAGGAACGCUAUUCCCACCAUGGUUCCGAGCGGCCUGAGAGAAGGACCUGGUUCGGCACUAGACCGUCUCGUCCGGAGGGUAGUGAGGGAGGGAAAUCAUCCGGUCUGGGGUUCUGGGGCACCCUUGCUCUGAUCGCCGGGGCGAUCGCACUAUGCCUGGGACUGAGGAGGCGCGAGAGUCGAGACGAAAAGAGCACCGAUUAUUACACAGACACGGCGUCUUAUUCUUACUACUCUUACGGCGAUAGUUAUUAUUACACCAGUGCGACGAGAGCACUGAUCGACGGACACGAAGGACCCGAGAUUCGAGGAGAACGCGCUCCUCGGGGAGAACUCGAUCCCGUCGAUGACAAAAACGGCUGUUUUUCUUCAUCGUCCCUUCUUUAUGGAACCGUUAUUGAACAUAGUUUGCAUAAGCGAUUGACGUAG